CAGACGAAGAGGUAGGUCCCUUCUCCAAUUCAUAAUUAAAACCCCAAACAGUACCCGCCAUCCUCUUAAACCCUAGCGCCUUCGUCCCCCAAUCACGCUAGCCAAGUAGCCAUGGCAACCACAGCCGCCGCCGCCCCCCUUGACGACGCCAAGGCCAGGAAUGUUCUCCGCCAGGUGGAGUUCUACUUCAGCGACAGCAACCUCCCCCGCGACGGAUUCCUGCGGAGGGCCGUCGAGGAAAGCGAUGAUGGCUUGGUGAGCAUGGCUCUCAUCUGUUCCUUCUCGCGGAUGAGGUCGCACCUAGGGCUCGAAGGGGACAUGAAGCCAGAGACUGUGCCGGAGGAGACGGUGCUUGCGGUUGCCGACGUGCUGCGCCGUUCCUCGGCCCUCCGUGUCUCCGAGGACGGGAAGAAAGUUGGUAGGGCUACUGAGUUGUUGAGGCUGGAUGAGGUCAUAGAACAAGUGGAUUCUAGGACAAUUGCUGCAUCACCGCUUCCUUACAAUGUAAAACUGGAAGUUGUUGAAUCUUUUUUUGCUCAAUAUGGCAAGGUAAAUAGCGUGAGGCUACCACGACAUGUUUAUGACAAAAGACACUUCUGUGGCACUGCUUUAGUUGAAUUUUCAGAAGAAGAUGAAGCAAAAGGUGUUUUCGAGAAUAAGCUUGUUUUUGCAGGGGCAGAUCUGGAAAUAAGACCAAAGAAAGAAUUUGAUGCUGAAAGAGAGGUGAAGAAAGAAGCAUAUGAAAAGUCACAUCCCAGUAAGAAUGGUCCUGGCGAAGGCUAUCCAAAAGGUCUGAUUCUGGCCUUCAAGCUGAAGAAAAUUCCAGCUGAUGUUGACACGGAACAAAAUGGUUCAGACAAAGUAGAUGACACUGAUGGUUCCAAGAAGGAAGAAGCUUCUAAUACCACAGAGAAAAGUGUUGAGCACGAAGAGAAGAUCUCUGAGAAUAACGGCGAUGUGAGUGAAGGGCAGUCAGAUGGUAUUGACGACUUGAAAGGGGUAGCUGCUGGGGAAACUGCACAUUCUACAAACAAUAAUGAAGAUACAAUCUUGAGGGAGGACAUAAAAGAAGAAUUCACAAAAUUUGGCACAGUGCGGUAUGUGGACUUCAGUAAAGGGGAAGAUUCAGGAUUCAUUCGGUUUGAGGAUUCCACAGCAGCUGAAAAGGCCCGUGCACUUGCAGCCCUGGCAGAUGAAGGCGGUUUGAUUAUGAAGGGCCACAUCGUUACUUUGGAACUUGUGUCUGGUCAAGCCGAAGACGAUUAUUGGAGUGCAAUUCGAGGCGGUCAAGAGAAAUAUAAAGAGAGUCGAAACAACAAAGGAUGGGACCGGAAGAAUAACAGAGGCGGAAAGCACUUUGGUGGGAAGCGGGGUCGCUACUUCGACUCCCACGAGAGGUCCUCUAAUAAAGCUCAAAAAGUUUAGAGCUUUAGAGAGAAUGAGGAAACAUAUAUGCUGUGUUGCUUCCGUCCACAUGUUUGGAAGUGUCCCUUGGUGACUGUUUUAUGUUUUAUUUGUUCCUGUGCGUCGUGGGCUGCGCUUUUUAAAGUACAGACUAUGAAUUACGAAUCAUGUUGACAACGAGAAGAGAGGAAAGUGAACUGUAUGCGGCUAAAGCUCAAUACUGGAAGAAAAAAAACUGAACGCCUUUAUGCUA